GCCGCCGGGGGUCCAGUCUAAUCGGCCCCUUGCAGGACCCGGCGGCGCGCGGGAACGCCCGGGGCGGGGCCUGCAGGCUCGAGGAGGCGGGGCUGGCCCGCAGGGGUCUAGGGUCCGCUUUCCGAGAGUUUGGCUGCGAGCGGUGCGCUGAUGCUGGAAGUUCACAUCCCGUCGGUGGGGCCCGAGAAAGGCCACAUGGUGUUCCGAGUGGAGGUGCUGUGCCGCGGGCGCAGACACAUUGUGCAGAGGCGCUACAGAGAGUUCCACGCACUCCACAAGCGGAUCAAGAAACUGUACAAAGUGCCGGACUUCCCCUCGAAACGCCUGCCCAACUGGAGGACGAGAGGGCUGGAGCAGCGGCGGCAGGGCUUGGAGGCCUAUAUCCAGGGCAUCCUAUACUUGAACCAGGAUGUGCCCAAGGAACUACUGGAAUUCCUGAGUCUUCGGCACUGGCCCACAGACCCCAAGGCCAGCAACCGGGGCUCGCAGCUGUAUCACCGACCUGUCGUCAGCUUCCCCAUGGAUCCUUACGUUUGCAUCCCAUCCCCAGAGCCUCUGCCCAGCGUGGUGGUGCAGGGUGUGCUCCAGGGCCUCUAUGGCUUCAAUGCCAGCAUAGCUGAAGCCCAGCCAGAGGCCGCCCGUCACCCUGCUGCACUGCCGCCGACACCCUGACCAGCGCAGCAGCUUUUAGGCCGCCCUCAGUCCUCAAGCUGGACCGCCCUUGGCCUGGACCCAGGACUCGCCAAUCCCCACCCCUCUGGGCUCAGAACUCAAGCUGCACUGCUAUCUGAGGUAGUGGAAUCCUAGAACUUAGGGGCCAGAGCAGGGACAACAGAGAGUAGGGAAUCAAGGGAGAAUUCCUUUAUCAUUUGCAUAGCCCACCAAUCUGCCUGCAGUGCAGGACACUCAGGUUCGGGAAGAUCCCCUAGAAAAGGGAAUGGCAACCCAUUCUAGUAUUGCCUAGAGAACCCCAUGGACAGAGGAGCCGAGUGGCCUACAGUCCAUGGGGUCGCAGAGUCAGACACGACUGAGUGACCAGCACUUUCAUGAAAAGGUGCAGCUGCAUGCCCGCCCCUCCUCCUAGUGUAGGAGGAGGGGAGGGCAUGCAAAGGUUGAGGCUCAGUAGCUGGCGAGGUUUAGAAGCGAGUGGCAGAAGCUCUGGCUUGAGGUUUUGUGCACAGCACCUGGGGAAAGGGUGCAGGCGGCCAAGGAGGGGACUGGCACCACUGCCAGAGGAGCCCAGCCCAGCUGGCGCUAGACUUGGAAGGAGGUGCUGAAGGGCCCAGAACCCAGCGCAUACACAGCUUACUAAAAAAAAAAAAAAAACCAUUUUUUUUAUUGGUCAGUGUUGGUAGGAGUUUGUUACAAAACUGGGCCCAUGGAAUGGGAGGGGAGGGGCCCGCCCUGUAAGAUGCCAGCGCUGGGGCCAGCGCGCACGGAGCCCUGUGGCGGGCUAUCUUCACCCCUGGGAGGGCGAC